AGUCGCAAAACGAAAGAGGAAUUUUAAAAAGCGUGUAACUAGUGAAUCUUCAAUGAAAAUGGACGACUGGUCGACAAUGAUGAGGUCGCUGCAAAAUUUGAAGCUAGCAGACAAGUCAGCUGUAGAGCUAACCAAGUCAGAACCAGACUACAUCCUCGACAUAACACAGCAAAACAACACAUCAGAUCCUCUUUUAGCAGCAGCUUGUAGCAACAAGACCAUCAAAAUACUGUCUAGAGAGAGAUUAACUCCCUUAUCUGUGCUCUCAGGUCAUCAAGAUACCAUAACCAAAGUUGAGUUUGCUAAAACAGAGAGUCAUCUUUUAUUUUCUACAUCUAGGGAUAGGACCACAAGGUGUUGGGACACAAGACUAAAAACUAACAAAGAGGUCAAAACUUUCAACUCACCAGAUUCUGUACAAGCUGAUUUUUUAUCCCUGGAUGUCAGCCAAUCAGACAGGUUACUGUGUGUGGGGACUGAAAGUGCUAAGGAUGCUUAUCUUAUGUUUUGGGAUGUGAGGAACCCAGAUGUUUUGGGGUGUUACAGUGAAUGUCAUGAGGAUGACAUCACACAGGUAAAAUUCCAAGCUGGCAGUGAUGAGUACCUGGCCUCUGGCUCCGCUGAUGGACUGGUCUGUGUCUUUGACCUGAAGGAAACAACAGAGGACGACGCUCUACAGAUGACCUGGAACGCCCUCUCUUGUGUGGUCUGUAUAGGCUGGUGUGGAGAGAACCGCACAGAGUAUGUCUAUUGUGUUACAAGUGACAACAGCUUCCACAUGUGGGACAAUCUGCAGGGAGAACCGAGCUGUACUAUAGAGGAAUUGUCAUCAACUUUUACAGAGCCAUCAGAUUAUAUUGUCAAUUGUAUCCCAGAACUGACUGGAGUAGAAGGGAACGCUGUUUUGUUGACAGGAACUUAUGAGGGAGGAUUGAAGUUGAUGUCUUAUAAAGACAAAAGCAAGAUACUUGACCUCCCCAAUGGGCACACAGCUACAGUGAGAUGUUCUCUCUGGGAUCAAAAGACAGCAACUUUAGUAACAGGUGGGGAAGAUGCAUUGGUCUGCUUAUGGUCACAGCAAGGCUCAUUUCAUUCUGUUAACACAGACAUUAAAAAGUCAAAGAUGAAAGGAAAUAAAUCUACAGAAAAGCCUUACAGUAGAAAAAAGAAGUCUUGACAUUUGAAAAAUUAUCUAAUAUGUUUAACUAAUAAAAUUAUACAAUGAU